CGGUGCCAGAGAGAGCAACUCGUCGUCGGAGAUUAGCGCUGUUGAGCUAACAUGGGAUCGGCGGUACAAGAUCGUCUGUGGAGUGGCAUCGGCGCUGGACUACCUGCACCACGGGAGCAGCAGAGGGUCCUGCACAGGGACAUCAAGCCCAGUAAUGUGAUGCUCGACAUGGACUACAACGCACGGCUGGGCGACUUCGGGCUCGCCCGCGUCAUCCAGCAUGACGGGGUCACACACCACUCCACACAGGCGGUGGCCGGCACUCGCGGCUACAUGGCCCACGAGUGCUUCUUCACCGGCCGUGCCAGCCUCGACACAGACGUCUACGCGUUUGGGGUCUUCAUCAUUGAGGUUGUCAGCGGGAAGAGCCCCAGCAGUGGCGUGAAGUACAUCCACGACAGCGACCAGGUUGGCAAGGAGGAUUACUCGAGCGGCGGCCUAGGGCGACACCCCUUGACUGUGCACAUUGUGGACUGGACUUGGAGUCUAUACGGCGAGGGGAUGGCCUUGCAUGCCGCCGACCCGUUGCUCGAUGGCGGGUUCGAGCAGGCGCAGGUGGACUGUGCGGUGAGGCUAGCGUUGGCGUGCUGCCACCCGAACCCGAGGGAGGCCGUCCAUGAAGAUGGUGGUGCAGGUGUUGAUCGACGGUGCCCCGGCACCGGAGCCGCCGGUUAAUAAGCCUGCUUUUGUUUGGCCUCCGGGUGGCAAUCAGCGGGAGAUUGAGCUACCGGAUAUCGGGUUGCUGUUCACCGGAGGGGCUGGGCAGCAGAACAGUUUCUGCUCUAUGACCUCCACUUCCCUCGCGGCGAGGUGACAGGUGAGCAUCGUGGAUACUCUAAUAUAAGAGUGUUUUUGACACUAGUGUAGUGUAAGAAACGCUCUUAUAUUAUGGGACAGAGGGAGUAGUUUUCAAUAAGCUGGUGAGAGAAGAUACCUAGCACGAUGACCUCCACAUGAUCCCGGCAAAAGGAUACCUGAAGCUGUUCAGAGAAGAUAUAUCCUCAAAGGGCCAUACCAACUCUGUCACCAUUUUUUUGGUAAGGAAAAUAUCAAUCGAAAAAACGUUGCUUCAAUGUUAGUUGGUACCAUUGGUGCAAUCAGAUUGACUGAUUGAAUGUAGUUUUUGUUAGGAAUGAGCAACUAUCUUCUCAGGAGGGCCAAAGGCCAAUACAUAUACAGGUGUGUGGUAAAGUGCAAGAGACCCCUUAUACAAUGGGGAUAAACCGAAAAGGGCUAUACACAUCUAA